AUGAGUACAAUACAUUUGGGGAUGAAGAGGAGUACACAGGCUUCGUUGUGGCUCAUGAAAUGCCUUUGUGAGGCUUGUAACAAGAUCUACAGAAACGGUUCAAGUCAUCCACAUGACCCGCCUCCUCCAGGGUUCUUCAUAAAGGAGGAGACCCUUGAUGUGAUUAUGUCGCGACGAAUGCUCGAAAUGGCCAACAUCAAUGCUCUCCGAGAAGUACAAGGAGAAGUAAAUUAA